UUUUCUUGUCUCUUUUCUUUUCCGUUCCCUUUUUCUUUUCUAUUCUUUUUUCUUUUCCUUUCCUUUCCCUUUUUUCUUUUCUAUUUUCUUGUCUUUUCUUUUUUCUUUUCUUUUCCCUUUUUCUUUUCUCUUUUCUUUUUUCUUUUCUUUCCUUUUCCCUUUUCUUUUCUUUCUUUUCUUUUAAUUGUUUCAUUACUUAUGGCUGUGUGGUCAUUUGUGUUUGGAUGUUUCACAUUUUUGUUGGUUUGGAGUGACUUUUGGAUCAAUUCAAUUGAUAUAAAUAAAUAAAUAUGCUGAAAGUAGCUAUAGGGAAAAAAAGUAUUUAUCUUUAUACAGAAUUAUAAUUUUACUUCAUUCUCUUCAACACACGCAUUUUCUGUGGUCUGGGGAGGAAACUGGUUUAUAAACCUGUUUUGUUUGCAAUUAUUUGAUAUCCGUGAGAGCAGAGUAUUUUUGUGUUUUUUUUUAACAAAAGAUCAAAAGUUUAAACAAUAAAGACAAUUUUUUAACAGCCGUCUUUGCUCAUAUUUACCAAGGGUGCCAAUAUUAGUGGAGGGCACUGUGUGUGUGUGUGUAUAUAUAUAUAUAUUUCAGAAUCAUAAUUUUACUUCACUCUCUACAACAAAGAAAAUAUUUUAAAACACUGAUUUUGAGGGGAAAAGCAUCCUCAACGUAAAACGUAUUAUUUUGUUGUUGUUUUAUUUUUUUUUACAGACCUUCAUCAACUUUAUUUAAUUGUAUUUUUAGAACAUAUUUCACUGCCUGCUUAAGGGUUAAAGGGGAAUUUGUCUGGUAAUCCCUACGUUUUGAACCCUUUUUAAUUUAAAAUAUUUACAUUUCUCAGCAGCAGACAUGCGCACUACGAGCAACCAGAACCCGGAAGUUCUCAGCGACGGCACUACUGUGUUGACAGUAACCUUGUGUUUAGGUGUUUCUGGUGAUGCUGGUUUUUUUUUUUUUACGUUAACUGUUUUUCAUGCCUCAGUUAUGUAAAGUGACUAAACUGUCAUCAGCACCAUGUUAAAAUAUGUUGUGGCGCUUAUUUCAGUGAGUUUGGCGGUGUGGAGCGGGUCUGAGUGGAUAAACCUCUGGCUUUUUGAUCUGGAUGUGGCUCAGGACUCGGGCAGACUACUGAGCCAGGAAGAGCUGGCACUUUAUAACGGGAAGGAGGACAGUAAAGGACUUUACCUCGCCAUUUUAGGACAGGUGUUUGAUGUUGAGAAGGGGAGGAAACAUUACGGUCCUGAUGGAGGCUAUCGUUUCUUUACAGGAAGAGAUGCAUCCAGGGCUUUUGUGACAGGCGAUUUUACAGAGGCGGGGUUGACCGACGAUGUCUCGGACCUGUCUCCAUCUCAAAUAGUGGCACUCUACGACUGGCUGGCUUUCUAUCAGAAGGACUACACACGUAUAGGCAAGUUAAUUGGUCGAUUCUACAGCGAGAGCGGAAAGCCCACAGACGUCCUGAAGCAGGUGGAGGCCUCUUUGGCUCAGGGGCUGAAACAGAAAGCCCAGGCUGAGAAGGAGAAUGAGCUUUAUCCAGCCUGUAACUCCGAGUGGCGCUCUGACAGAGGAGGACGUGUCUGGUGCUCCACUAAAAGUGGUGGAGUGCACAGAGACUGGGCUGGUGUUCCCAGGAUGCUCUUCUCACCUGGUUCGGGCCAAGCACGCUGCGUGUGUGUACGGCUGGAUGAUCGCACACAAUCAGAUAACCCUAAUCUCCAGCAGUACAAAGACUGUCCACCUCAGGCCGAGUCGUGUCUCCUUAGCCAUGACUGAGCUUUCUAACUUUUUAUGUGUCAUUAGUUACUUUUAUUGUAAGCAAUAUAAACUGGUUUGACUGGUCUCAGGAUGGAUAACCAGACAGGAUACAUUUAAAGGUGCUAUAUGUAAUAUUUUUCUGUUUAAAAGUCAUUGGGCAUCGCACAUUUUGGAAAUGUAUCAGAAACACAUCAAACACCAGUAUAUUCUCUAUUGAA